AUGAUCACCUCUGCACUGGGCAGUGCUCCACCUGCAAUUGAGCAUGAAUGCAAGUUCGAGGCCAUUAACAUUCCAUUACUUCCUGAGGGUACAUACAGCAGUUCUGAGGACAGUGUCUAUGGCGAGUGGUCUAAGUGUUGUAUCUACAGGGUUCCCCAGAAACUUCGCAGCAUAAAUGAAGCAGCAUACACUCCUCGAAUUGUCUCAAUAGGCCCUUUUCACCACGGCAAUCCUCAGCUGCGGCCCAUGGAAGGGCUUAAAUCCAGAUACCUUAAAGAAUUUUGCAGGAAAGCUAUUAACAGCCUGGACGAUAUAAAAAAAAUCGUAACUGGUUGCGAGCAAAGCAUCCGAGCCUGUUAUGCAGGGACCUUUGAGCUCAAGAAGGAUAAAUUUUUAGACAUGGUUGUAACCGACGCUGGAUUCAUCAUUGAGUUCUUGUGGAGGAGUACUGACGAACCUGAAAAGGACUAUAUUUUCAGCAAGCCGUACAAAUGUUUCUGUGUUCACUGUAAUGGGAGAUUCAAAGAGAAUGAUGAUGAAAAAGAAGGCCAACAAAGCAAGAGCACCAACUUCUACUCCAAGCGGGGCUGUCCCAGCAAUCACAAAGACCUGCAGGGUGAUCAUUGUCAGCAGAGCCAGAGAGAGUUGAAAAAUUCAGAUUCCUCCUUCCUUGAACUGACAAAAAGCUACUUCUCCAAGUACUUUGACCUCAACCUCAAAGGUCACAUCUCAGAAGUGAAGCAUUUCACUGAUCUGCUUAGAUAUUCCUUCUGUCCACCAAGGGAAGUCCCAUAUGAAGCAGACAGUGAGAACAGAAUUGAAAGCCUGCGUAGUGCAACAUACCUGGAUGAGGCAGGGGUGGAUUUUGAGGUGUGCCAGCAUCCUACCCUGGAACUCCCUCGCUUUGAAGCCAACGACACAACAGAAUGUGUUUUUAGGAACCUCAUGGCCUUGGAGCAGUGCCACUACCCAAAACAAGUUCAUAUCUGCAACUAUAUUUCACUAAUGGAUCAGCUUAUAAACACUAGAGAAGAUGUGGAUUUGCUCAUUGAGAAGAAGGUAAUUGUUAAUUCUCUGGGCAGCAGCAAAGCAGUGGCCAAACUGUUGAACAAGCUUUGCGAGCACAUUGUGGAACCAAAUUCUCGUUACUGUAACACUGUCCAAGAGAUCAAAAGGCACUGCAAAAACCCUUUGAACCGAAUAAUGGCAGCAUUGACAAAUGUGUAUUUCCGUGAUUUCUGGAGAGGCACUGCAUCUAUUGUUGGGAUUGUAGUUCUGGGUCUCACAAUUUGGAAUACCCUUCUGCGGCAGAUCCUUCAGAAUAAGAUCCAAGAUUCGCUUCUAUAUUCUAAAUUUCUAAUGUUUGCUCGAGUGAUUUGCUUUCAGUUUUUAUGUGAGAUUCUCAUCUGA